CCCCGGGCAGUGCCAUCCUCUUCACCCAAGUGCCGUCGCCCGUGACUGCAGGACGCUCUGGCCGGCCGGUCCCUCGAAGCGCCUCCUCGGGAAGCAAGCGCGUCCUGCGACCCACAACUCGAAGGGAAAUAACACGGGAACAUUGGCUGUGAGAUGUUCUGUUGCUGAGAAACACAACAAACAUGACAGAGAAAACUUUACUCGAAGAGAACUCCAAGGCAAAAAUUGUCAAUAAUGUCGAGAAGGGAAAGAGCAAGAUCUCAAACGAGGAACAAGCGUACAAAAUUCUGCUGGAUGAGGAGGCGAUCCAGGACACGAGAUGCGGCAUCGGACCCUUCAGAUCCAAGUGGCUCCAGUUCCUGGCCCGCAAAGAGGUGUACCUGAUGGUGUACUGCCUAGUGGGCGUCACCAAUGGCAUGUUCUUCACCUACAGCGUUUCCGUGAUCUCAACUGUCGAGAAGAGAUUCAAGCUCACGAGCAAGCAGACGGGUACCACGCUCAUAGGCAACGACAUCUCCCAGGUAAUCCUUGCGAUCUUCUUGGGUUACUUCGGUAAUUUCGGCCACCGCCCACGAUGGAUGGGCGUGGGCAUCAUGAUAGCGUCCAUGUCGUGUUUCGUGGCGGCCAUUCCCCACUUCAUCUACGGCCCGGGGCAGGACGCAAUUGACCUCGUCGAGGAAACGAGCGCUAAUCUUAUGGGCAAUUACAAAGGCUUCAACAAAACGAAGAAGGUGGAACUGUGCUACUCCCAGCCCGAGGACACCUGCGGCUUGGAGAACGGCGGUGGCGGAGGAGCCAUCAUAGCGCCCGUCAUCUUCCUCUUCUUCUCGCAGUUCCUCGUGGGCAUCGCCGUCAGCAUAUUCUACAGCAUAGGAGUCACGUACCUCGACGAUAAUAUCAAUAAGAAAACUUAUCCAAUCUAUUAUGCGGCCACCUUGUUGCUGAGGAUCCUGGGCCCGGUCCUCGGCUACCUCUCGGGGGGAAAGUUUCUCUCCAUGUGGAUCGACCCCGCGUACAGCCCCAACCUGAGCAAGCGAGACCCACGGUGGCUGGGCGCUUGGUGGCUGGGGUAUCUGGUUAUCGGAACUGUCCUCCUUAUCACCGGCAACCUGCUCUUCCUCUUCCCGCGGAAACUGCCCGAGACGAUACGGAGGGAGGCGAAGAAGGUGGCGCGACAGGUCGAGAAGGACGCGGAGGAGGGAGGCAACCGCAGCGUGGAAUAUUUUGCGGCCGCCAUAAAGAAGAAGAAAGUGGAAGAGCGGCCGACGUUGGACAAUCUGAGAAAGGCCCUGAAGCGCUUAUUCACCAACAAGAUCUGGGUGGGCAACCUGUUCAACACGUGUACUAUCGUCCUCGCCAUGUCCUGCUACUGGAACUUCAAGCCCAAGUACCUCGAGAAUCAGUUCAGGAGGAGCGCGGCUGAGGCGAACUACUACACAGGUGUAGCCAGUCUGGCCUCUGUGUCCUUGGGCACGGCGUUGGGCGGCGCCAUCAUGCGCUGGGUGCGGCCCGGCCCACGUUUCGUCUCGGGAUACAACAUCUUCAUCACUCUCUUUACCUGCGCCGGGUUCAUUGUCCUGAUGUUCAUUGGCUGUGAGAAGCUCGAUGUCGUUGGCCCCAUCGGCAGCCAAAUGGUUCCGCCCUGUUCGUCGGACUGUGGCUGCACGGACAAGUUCUCGCCUAUGUGCUCUGAGGAUCAAAAGACGCUCUAUUACUCUCCUUGCUACGCUGGCUGUACCGUUGCCAAUACGACGGCUAGCCCCAUUGCAUACAGCGAAUGUUCCUGCAUCACGAACGCCACCGCCCUCCUGACGACGCCUUUCCCCGCCGUUAAUAUUUCGUCCAUGCAGGAUGGACACAAGAGCAUGUUCGGUGGAGGCACCAGCAGUUAUUGCCCUGAACCAUGCGACAGUUUCUUCUACUACCUUAUUGUGCAAAUUGUGAUCAAAACAGUUACUGCUACUGCCAGAGUUAGUAGCAGCGUCAUUCACUUACGCUCCGUGGAUGACGAAGACAAGGGCGUGGCCUUGGGAGCACUGACCGCUUUCCUCAGUUGCUUUGGGCUCAUCCCUGGACCCAUCAUCAUGGGAGCCGUAAUAGACUCCGCCUGCUUGCUGUGGGACAUGUCCUGUGGGAAGAGAGGAAACUGCUGGUUGUAUGACUCGGACAUAUUUAGGCUGGCCAUGCAUCUGGUCCCUGCAGUGUUCACCUUCAUCUCGGUGUUCGGCGACAUCAUUGUGUUCUACUACAGCCGCCAGCUCGACCUGUACGGCGAGAGAGACAACGAAAUCAAAGUCGAGAAAGAGGCAGGCGAGACAGACGAGUCGAAACCUCUGAACGUGGUCGAGGAAGAGGCGAUCGAAUCCACAGGGACGAGUGAUAUGGUUCUCAAUGUUUGAUGUUUGAUGAAAGUGUCAGAAAACUGUGAUUUCAAGACUUGUUUUCCAACCAUGCGGGGCCAUAUUUUUUUUAAAAUUUUAUACGUGAACUGUACGCCCUUGGUAAUGACUUUCACUUGGAAGGCACAACUGCGAAUCACAUCUAGAAUUGUUGAAGGUUUCCUACAGUCUACUGGCGAAAUAUAAGUAUGUUUAUGUUCCGUGUUCGUAAUGAACAGAUAUCCAUAACGGAACAACUAAUCAGAGGCGUCUAAAGGUACACGAGGUUUCUUAUUUGGAAUAUGAAAGGUACAAAUAGUAAAUUAUGUAAAUCACACACACACACACACACACACACACUCGUAAUUCUCUCUGUAGUCUUGUCUCUCUCAACUCAUCUGCCGUAACUGAUGCUCAAGUUGACCGACACCCUGACCAGACUUCUGCCCAGCUGCAUGAUCUGCUUCGUCUAUGGUCAAAUAAAAUCACAUGAUUUCAAUCCUAAUGAUGUAGGUUUUUCGUUGUCUUGUGUUGCAGUUUUUUUUAAUUCACGAACCGGUUUUUUUUUUUUUUAUGAAUCUUUCAAAUACCUUAUCGUUCAUGAAAUUUGUAUGAGUUUUGUGUCGAUUGAAUGUCACGAUUAUUUUUUAUAAACAAAUUCUCCUUUUGUUUCGGUUUUCCUCAACAAUCCAUGCGGUGUAUAUGUCAAUCAGCGAACAUCCAUUUAAUAUCACACUGAGCUGGCUGCUCUAUGAUAUUUCACUGGUAAAUACCACUUUUGUUUUGUGAUGUCUUUGUACAAGAACCAAUACAUUCCAUAGACUCUUUGUGUUGUUAUUGACACUUUAAAUGCAAAACCGAAAACGAUGCUCGUAAUGUGGUACUUUAUACUAUAAAGCGAUUCCCCCUUUGGUCACUCGCCUGGCAAGGGCUCAACGCAUUUCAACUUCCUUAUGCCAUGUUUGAUUUUGCCCAAGACACGACUUUCUUGUUUGUCCUACAAGCCUUCUUUGUCCAUGAUGGUCUCAGGAUGAGCCACCUGAUGGAUAAGGUUCUCCUCAGGGAACUGGCCCAAGUAAUCAUAUAGCCAAAGCGGGUAGCACUGAGCUAUGCGAGUAACAGGCCCUAUGCUGCUCUCAUGAAAACAUGUCCAUGAUAAUUUUACCUAAUGGUGUAACAAAAAGAGUUGUUGCAAAAGGUGUCGAAGUAAGACUACACAGCAAAGGACACUGUCAGACACAUAACUGGUGAUGCCGGAGUCUGAAGAAAAACAGCUUGAUCUUUCUGUACAAAUACUAGGACUUCUAGAUACUCCUGUCGAGCGUUCUUGGGCCAUGCCACCAACCUAGUCCAUCUGUUGACAUCCUGGCCUGAUUGCCUAGUCAUGGACUACACUAAGAAAUGAAUUUAAUGUCCACGUAAAUACCACCGACUGAGUAGGUUAUCCUAAUUGAUCCUUGAAGUUCAGGAUCUUAAAGUCUUGAAUACAUGAGACCUUUAGACCCCAGGCAUUUGACUCGCUAGUAAAUGCAUCGAGAGUAGCCACUAGAUCAGUCAUCAAAAUCGGUAGAAUCAAGGUCAAUGUUACCCAGUACUGCCCUUGAUGUGUUUCACAGGGAUGCGUCCGAGCACCUUGUCAUUGUAAGUUUUCUAGAUAGGGAUGUAAUCCCAUUUUCAGCCAAUAAAUCCUGUGUAAUCGCCAGUAGAAUGUUAAA